AUGCAGGUAACCGAAACCCUCUCCGAGGGCCUCAAGCGAGAGCUCAAAAUCGAUAUUCCGGCCGGUGAUCUUGCCACCAAGCUCGAAGACUACAUGGCCGACCUGAAAUCCAAGGCCAACAUCAAGGGCUUCCGCCCGGGUAAAGUGCCGGUCGGACACUUGAAAAAAAUGUACGGCCGUCAGGCGAUGGCGGAGAUCCUGUCGAACACCAUCCAGGAAACGACCCAGAAUGUUGUCGAGGAACGCUCCGAGCGCCCGGCUCUGACACCAGAAAUCGAUCUGCCGGAAGAAGAUGCCGAGAAGAUCAUGGCUGGCGACGCCGACCUGUCCUUCAAGAUGACCUACGACGUUCUGCCGGUCUUCGAAAUCGUUGAUUUCGCCGGGUUUGACAUCGAGCGUCCGGUCGUUGAAAUCGCCGACGAGGAAGUCGAAACCCAGGUCGCGGAUAUCGCCAAGAACAACACCCCUUUCGACACCAAGGACGGAGCGGCUGAAGACGGUGACCGGGUCACCAUGUCCUAUCUCGGAAAGAUCGACGGCGAAGCGUUCGACGGCGGUGCGGAUGAAAACGGUCAGCUCGUUCUGGGCUCCGGACAGUUCAUUCCCGGUUUCGAGGAGCAGCUGACCGGCCUGAAGGCUGGCGAUGAGAAAGUCGUUGAAGUCAAUUUCCCCGAAGACUAUCCGGCUGCGCAUCUGGCCGGAAAGGCUGCUGCCUUCGACGUCGAGGUCAAGGAAGUUGCAGCUCCUGGCGAAGUCACGAUCGACGACAAGUUCGCCGAAGGUCUCGGCCUUGAGUCGCUCGACAAGCUGAAGGAAAUUGUCCGAGGCCAGAUCGAGAGCCAGUUCGGUCAGAUGACUCGUCAGCGCGUGAAGCGUCAGCUCCUGGACAAACUCGACGAUCACUAUUCCUUCGAGCUUCCCGAAAAGCUGCUUGAGUCGGAAUUCGAAAUCGUUUGGCGCCAGGUCGAAGAAGACAUGAAGCGCAACGAAAAGACCUUUGAGGACGAAGACACCACGGAAGACGAGGCCAAGGCGGAAUACCGCAAGAUUGCCGAGCGCCGUGUCCGUCUCGGACUUGUUCUUUCGGAAAUCGGCGAGAAGAACGACAUCCAGGUGACCGACGAGGAACUGCAGCGCGCGCUUUAUGACCGUGUCCGUCAGUUUCCGGGUCAGGAGCAGCAGGUGUUCGAUUACUACAAGAACAACCAGCAGGCACUGGCGUCUCUCCGUGCACCGAUCUACGAGGAAAAAGUCGUCGACUUCAUGCUCGAGCUUGCCAACGUUACCGACAAGACGGUGACCAAGGAAGAGCUGGAGAAACUGGUUGCGGAAGACGAGGAAGACGCAUAA